AUGUCAUUCCUACGCCGUCUCCCUUCCUUCCUCCCUUCCCCAUCCACUUCCCGUGCUCUCCCCAUUACCUUCAUCAGGUCAUACGCUGUCCCACGCCCUUCAGCAUAUACGAACCCUCCCCCACCGCCUAAAGUCCCACCCCCAAACCCGGACGGCACACUCCGUCCCCACCUGGGCGUCGUCACCAGCCCGAAUCAUGGCUUGUUCGGCUUCUUCCAUAGGGAUAAGGAUGACAAAGUCGUCACGCUCGAGAUGAGGGAUAAGAGGACCGAAUUCUCUGGCAGGAGCUGGUCGGCCCCGGAACUGAGACGCAAGUCCUUCCUCGACCUGCAUACCCUGUGGUACAUCCUCAUACGGGAACGGAACGUCCUCCACACUCAGCUAGAAGAGUGGAAGAAAGUGGGCGGAAAGCCGGAACAUUUUGCCAAUAUCGAUAAGCUGAACAACCGCUGCCGCAAAUCCCUAGCCCGUAUAAAAGCGAUCCUAAACGAGCGCAGGCUAGCAUUCAAACAAGCACGACGAAUAACCGCCAAAGUCGAGAAGAACAGGAUAAAUACCGAACGUCGCUGGGCGCGAAAAGCUGCCGCAACAGCAGGAGAAGCCGGGGCGCCUGUAGCGGAGACGGUAUAGGCCG